CAUGACUCCUUUCUCUUUCCUCACUUCGUUUGCAACUCUUUCCCCUGUUCCACCGAGAUACGAGCAGCCCCAGGCCCCCGCUUCCCAUAGAUUUGCCCUGACAACCCCAAGUUUGUGUCCUUCGCUUUGUAGUCCCGCCCCCUAAGCCUGCUGCCUCUUUCCACUCUUCACCCAGCCAGCCUGUGGAAAAGAAGCAAAUCUCCCACUUCCCCCAUCUCUUCUCCGCGAGUUCUUCCUCCCAUUAUCCUGACCCCUUUAUCUGAGACUCCUCCUCCUUCUUGCGUGUGUGAGGUCACUGUGGAGCCUGUGAUCUCAUAGACACCCCAGAAUUCCCAUUUCAGUUUCUGCUUUUCCCCAGGGGGCAGGGACUUUAGGCAGUUGCUGAAAGGAAGGAAAUCUUUUCUCCCAGCUAAGAGUGCUGGGACUCUAGAGACUGUCCCCACUGCCCUUCCCACUCCCCCACCCCUAGGAUCCCGCUAAUCAUGCGCCCCCCACCCUGGUGUCUGUUGAUGGUAGGGUGUAGGAGACUCCACUGUGACAGGCCCCUGCAGUGCACACAACAGAAAGCAGGCAGGUGGAGGGGGCGGGGCUGGAGGAUGCGUCUGGCCCUCCCAGCCUCUCCAGAACCGUCUUCUCCUGGGACAGACCUGUCGCGGAACCGGUUCCCCGAGGUGCCAGAGGCGGCGUGCCAGCUGGUAUCCCUGGAGGGCCUGAGCCUGUACCACAAUUGUCUGAGAUGCCUGAACCCAGCCUUGGGGAAUCUCACCGCUCUCACCUACCUCAACCUCAGCCGAAACCAGCUGUCGUCGCUGCCGCCCUACAUCUGCCAGCUGCCCCUGCGAGUGCUCAUUGUCAGCAACAACAAACUGGGGGCCUUGCCUCCCGACAUCAGUGCCCUGGGGAGCUUGCGCCAGCUCGACGUGAGCAGCAAUGAGCUGCAGGCGCUCCCCGCAGAGCUGUGUAGCCUCCCCACCCUGCGGGAUCUCAACGUUCGGAGGAACCAGCUCAGCACCCUGCCUGAUGAGCUGGGGGACCUUCCUCUUGUCCGCCUGGAUUUCUCCUGUAACCGUGUCUCCCGCAUCCCGGUCUCCUUCUGCCGCCUCAGGCACCUGCAGGUCAUUCUGUUGGACAGCAACCCCCUGCAGAGCCCACCUGCCCAGAUCUGCCUGAAGGGAAAACUUCACAUCUUCAAGUAUUUGUCAACAGAGGCUGGGCGGCGCGGUGGGUCUGCACUGGGGGACCUUGCCCCUUCCCGCCCCCCAAGUUUCAGCCCCUGCCCCGCCGAGGACUUGUUUCCGGGACGUCGGUACGAUGGUGGGCUGGAUUCGGGCUUCCACAGCGUUGACAGUGGCAGUAAGAGGUGGUCUGGAAAUGAGUCAACAGAUGAGUUCUCCGAGUUGUCCUUCCGGAUCUCGGAGCUGGCCCGGGAGCCUCGGGGGCCCAGGGAGCGAAGGGAGGAUGGCUCUGCUGACGGAGACCCUGAGCAGAUCGACUUCAUCGACAGCCACGUGCCUGGGGAGGAUGAGGAGCGAGGUACCGGCGAGGAGCCGCGCCCGCCAGAGUCGAGCCCUGUGGCAGGAGACGGGGAGAGGGCACCGAGCAGCAGGCGGGAGGAGCCGGCAGGGGAGGAGCGGCGGCGCCCGGACACCUUGCAGCUGUGGCAGGAGCGUGAGCGGCGGCAGCAGCAGCAGCAGCAGAGUGCAGUGUGGGGGGCCCCCAGGAAGGACAGUUUCCUGAAGCUGGGGGUCAGGGCUGCUGGUGGGGGUCCUGCUGCCUCGUCCACUCAGGCCGCCUUCAACGGCACGUCCAGGUCCAAUGCCACCCAGCUGGGAGCAUCAGGGGGGCAGGGAGCCCCCACCCCCGCCCCUGCCUCCACCUCCCAGGAGCCCCCGCUUCCAUCUGGACCAGCGACCGCACCUGCUCCCCGGCCGCUCAGCUCCAUUCAGAGACCAAACAGCUUCCUCUUCCGUUCUUCCUCUCAGAGCAGCUCAGGCCCUUCCUCACCAGACACUGUCUUGAGACCUCGGCGACCCCCCCAGCUUUUGGAUGAAAAGGAGGUGAUGGCUCAGCUGCGCCAGGUGCUUGAGUGCCACCUGCAGCGGCCACUGCCCGAUGACCUGGCCGAGGCUCUGGCCAACGGGGUCAUCCUCUGUCAGCUGGCCAACCAGCUGCGGCCCCGCUCUGUGCCCUUCAUUCAUGUGCCCUCACCUGCUGUGCCAAAACUCAGUGCCCUCAAGUCUCGGAAGAACGUAGAGAGUUUCUUAGAAGCCUGUCGAAAAAUGGGGGUACCUGAGGCUGACCUGUGCUCGCCCUCAGAUCUCCUCCAGGGCACUGCCCAGGGGCUUCGGACCACCCUGGAGGCUGUGACGCGGGUGGGGGGCAGGGCGCCCCCGCCCCCCUGGCCCCCCUCGGGUCUGGGCGGCUUCAUCCUCUUCUACGUGGUCCUAAUGCUGCUGCUCUGUGUCGUCUACACUCGGCUCCUGGGCUCCUAGGACCUGCAGUCACCCCUCCCCCGCCCCUUGCCCUCUUUUCUAUUUAUGACUCCUGUGCAACCCCCUCCCCACCAGUGGUGCCUUCAGCCCCUACCAAAGACACUAGUGAACCCCACCCCUCAUACACACUGACUUCAGAGGCCCCACUCUGGUACCCCCAGACCCUGGGCCCCCAGCCUCUGGUCCCCUCCUGUAGCCCCUCCCCCUGCCCCGCCCCCUGCGUGCUGAUGGUGCCUUCGAGUCCUCCCUGCUUCCCCAGAGGGUGGAGCUUAACCUUCCUCCUUGCACCCCCCCACCCCACCCCCGCUGCUAUAGGGGGCUAAAUUAUCUAUAUUUUGUAGAGAGAACUCUAUAUUUGUAGAGGAUGCAGGGGCCCAGGCAGGGGCCCUGUCUCUUGUAUAAAUUGUACAGAUCGUG